GACAGGAACAUUUUUUCGGUUAUGUUGCUGAACGAUAAUGAAAUAUGUGACUCACAACAUCCGGUUUGUCGUAGAAAACGCCAUAUCAGGAUAGGGCGAAAUGUUAUAGCUAGCAAAUCACAACGAAUAUUUUCUGUGUGUCGAUAGCUUGAUAUUGCUUUUAUUACUGUAUUCAUUUCGAGAGGUUAUGCCCCUAUAUGACGCCAGAAAUGAACCGCUUUAACCCAGCUGUAACGGUUGACGAAUACCUCGCGGAGAGUAAUGUGCUGUUUUACCUGAGUGAUGCUUUGGCCCAGCUGCUGGAACAUAAAGAAGAAUACACUAAUUUUGGUGUGAUACGCUACUUCGCUGAAUAUUUCAGCAGCGUGAAGAAUAGUAACCACAUCCUCUUUAGGGAGUUUAACUACAUCAGGGCCACUCCUCAUAAUAGAGCCUCAUUCAUCAGAGUCUUCUGGAGAUGCUACAGACAGAUUGGCAAGAGUGGAGAUAUGCUGUCUGUAUUAGAAUAUAGCUCCCUACUUCAGUUACUAUGUCCAGACUUCCCAGUGGAAAUAGUAAAGAGUGCUGCCAGAAUUGUUUUGACGGAUGAGAGUGUAGAGUGCUUGAUGUCUUUCUCAGACUUCCUUUACGCCUUCCAGCUGCAGUUUUACUACCAAGAAUUCCUUGAGAGUGUGCUGCUAAUCUACCAGGACCUGUUAUCUGGAAAGAGUCCAAACACUGUCAUUGUUCCCACAUCCACUUCUGUGGAGCAGCAUCCUUGCUUGGUCACAGAGGAGAAUAACAAGGAGGAAAAAAGGGAUUUUGAGAUGGAGGCUUCCACUCUGGCCGGGUGCAUCGAUGCCCUCUUUGAUCGCUUCAAACACAGUCAUCCUCCCAGGUCGUGUAUAAAAGAAGCACUAGAAGAAACUGGCAGGGUGUCGUGGUACAGCUUGCUGGGGAGCCUGGCUAAACAUGAGAUCAUAAACCAGAGCAUUGGAGCAUUACCGAGUAAGACGGAGGUACUGAACGACCCAGAGAUGGACCAAGAACUGGACAAACUCAUUGCUCAGAUCUCAGUCAGUCCCAGCAGCAACAGUAGUGGCAGUGCGGUGGGGAUGCUGAAAGAGGUGCAGAGGAAGGCAUCGCCCAGGAGAAGCAUCCACCACAGGAGGAAGAUGGAGGUGGAGAGUGAUGGCUCCACCGAGGAGACUGACUCCUCUGAGAACUGAGACUUGAACACUUGAAUUGUGACCUUUGACCUACCUGUGACAUGUCACCUUCCAUCGUUGACAUUUUUUGACAUGCUACAAACGUUCUUGCCUGUGGAAACUCACACUUUAGUUUCAAUUAGGUUAGAACAGUGACAGACCAAGACAAGGAAGUCCACCUUCAGAAGAAGUAGACUAAAAAGUAUGACUAAUAUCAAAUUUAGCUUAUGUAAGAACACUGUGAAUCUGAAUGCUCUCUAUUAGCUACACACUGAACUGUUUAGUGCAUAGAUUUAUUCAUUUUCUUGUAUUUAACAAAAAUGACACAAUAGCACAGGGGUGUCCAAAGAGCGGCCCGCAACACAUUAUAAAAAUAUAAUUUAACAAGAAAAAAAACAAAAAAAAAAACAGCAAAUGUGGGAAAAAUCAGUGGUAAUUUUACAUGAAUGAAGUCAAAAUAUGAAGAAAAAAAAGUCAAAAUUUCACAAUAUUUUGAGGAUAAAAUAAUGUAAUUUUAGUACUAUAAAUUUGAAAAGGAUGUAAUAUGAGAAACAAUGAAGUUAUAAUUUUUUUGAAAAUUCUGUUCAGGAAACAGUUACAAUAUUAUGGGAAUAAAGACAUGAUAUCAAGGGAAGAAAAUUUACAAAAAGAAGGUUCAAAUAUUUGGAAAAUUCCAUUUUAAAAAAGCAACAGCAGACAUUUUAUGAGAAUGAAGUAAAAAUAGUAAUAGAAAAAGGCUGAAUUUUAACAAAGAAUAAACAGCUGUAAUUUUACUAGAAUCAAUUCAAAAUAUUAAGGUAAAAAAGUCACAGUUUUAUUAGAAUAAACUCGUAAAAAGUCAUUUCAGUAGAAUUUCACCUAUAUCACAAAGCUGAAAUGCAGUUUUUGUUCAUAUACAGUAUGUGUGUAUAUAUAUAUAUAUAUAUAUAUAUAUAUAUAUGUAUAUAUAUAUAUAUAUAUAUAUAUAUAUAUAUAAAACUUAGCAUGUCUACAUGGGUUUUCAAGAUAUGGCCCUCGACGGAAAAAGUUUGGACACCCCUACAAUAGCAUAUGACACAAAUAGAGAUCAUCGCUUAUACUUUGAUUAUUAAAGAUGUAACAGUGAAUCUGAUAUUGAGAUUUCUCAUAUAUGCUUAAAAAUGGGGCCUUGUGAUGGUUACCAUGCUUGUAUGGUUUAUAUACAGUAAGAGAAUAAAUAAUUUCAAUA